AGCGAGCGGAGCGUCGAGAGAGUCCUCCAGCAGCGGCGCCGUGCCAUCAGCGCCCCCAUCAAGGUGAAGAAAGCGGAGGGCGCCAUCAGAGCCUCCGAGUACAAGCUGCACGACCUCGUCAAAAGGCUCAACUUCCUGCAGCAUUCUCGGAAGCAGCGUGAAAAUCGGCUAAACUCCCUAAAGCAACAGCUGGGAGAAUCGUCUUCAGACAGGGUACAGGAAGAGCACCGCACGAUUCAGCAGUUACAACAGGAUCUGAUCGCGCUGGAGAACGAGCAGGAGCGAGUGGGCGUGAGUGUGACGGAGGCGGAGAGUGUGAAACGGCGGUACGGAGCCAUGGUGACGGCGCUCAAAGGGGAGGCAGCCUCCUACAGGACGACCCUAGACACGCUGCACGCCAGACUCGCCGAGGAGAAGGAUUCCUUGAAGAACUUGAGGGACAGCAGAAAGAAAGCAGAGAAAACACGAGACUGCCUGAGAACGCGCUUGCACGAGGAGGAGGAAAGCGCUUACGAGACCAAGAGAGAACGCGAAAAGAGGCUCUUCGAAUUUAGGAAAAAAGCCGAGGAGCGCCGUCAGCAGGACCUGGGCGCCGCCGUGGACCGUAGGCUCUCCAUCAUGAGGACGCCCACGCGCAGGGACUCGCCCACGGCCGCCCUCACGCAGGACACUCAGGAGCAAAUCGAGGCCGAGCUGGAGAAGUACCAGCAACUUUUCUCGAGGUUGAAGGAAGUGCUCGGUGUGACGAGCGUGGAGGAGGUGCUGGACCGGCUCACCAGCCAGGCCGGGACGAGGGAGCAUCUUCGGCAGCUGCGUUCCGUCACCCUCGAGGAGGUGACGCGGCUCAAGCAGGAGAAGGAGCAGCUGCACGAGGAGCUGCACCGAGUGAAAUACGCCAGCACGGAGGACGCUGCUAAGAUGGUCGGAAUGAUCGAGGACCUCAAGAAGAAAGUCGAGGAGAAGGAGGCUAUGAAGGAGGAUCUCUCCGGACGCCUCGACGGAACGCUCAAGAUCCUGGCGGGCGUGAGGGCGGGGCAGGAGCACAUCGCGGAGAAACUGGAGACGGCCGAGAACGAGCGCCCACCAAAAGCUGAGUCUCCUCUGCAGUAUCUUGUGGUUCUCAUGGCGUUCUGCAUGGACAGGGCCAGGGAGCUCAUGGAAGAAGUGAGGGAUGCUCAGAUCGACCAGAAGGUGGGGUGGAUGCGAUAGCAUUGCCAUGGUUUUGCUUUCUUUCCGUCUCUGCCUCUAUGUCUGCCUUUCUAUCCCUCAUUCUGUCUUUGUCAGUUUCUCUCUAGGUCGCCAUAUCUCUCUGCCUUUUCGUUUUGUCCUUGUCUCCCACUGUCUGUCUGUCUGUCUCCCUGCCUCUGCGUCUUUGUCUGUCUAUGUCUGUCACUGUCCUUGUCUGUCUCUCUGUCUGUUUUUAUCUGCCUCUCUGUCUCUGUUUGUCUCUCUGUCUAUUUAUCUGCGUCUAUGUCUCUUGUCCUCUGUUUCUGUUUCUCCUGCCAGUCUGCCUUUACAUCGAUUACUUAUUUGAAAUAUAUUCCUAGCACAUAUCACAAAAGGUUAGAAACUGAUUUCCUCUCAAACGGAAUACCUACAUAUUUCACACGAUAUAAUUAUAUAUAUGUGCAUACACGUUUUAUCAUCACUGUUUAUUCUGGUAGAUGUCCGUGAUCCACCAGGGAACAAACCCAAGGCCCAAGGAUGAAUACUGAACUAGACGAAUGAUAUAUAUAUACCUAUGAAUAUAAACAAAUAACAAUCCUAAGGACGACACAACAUUCCUCCCUCACACUUCAUACCCUUCUUACCGUAUACCAUGUGUGUGAGAGAGACAGAGACAGAGAGUGAGUUAGAGACAGAGAGAAAGACAAAGCCACGGAUGGAGAGACAGACAGUGAGUUAGAGACCGAAAGAAAGACACAGCUACAGAUAGAGAGAGAGAGACAGAAAAAAAAACACAGACACGAAUAGAGAGACAGAGACUGAGGGAAAGACAUAGACAUAUAAAGAGACGGAAACAGAGAGAGA